AUGUCUCUUCUACCUGCUCCGGAUGCGCAGGAUCAAAACUCCAGUUCCACCAACGAAAAAUCAUGGAGAACUUCCAGGACUCGAGUUCCAAGAGCUUGCAAGUCAUGCUUUGCUCGCAAGGUGAAAUGCAAUAGAGCUUCUCCAUGCAAAACAUGCUGUCGUCGCGGCACUGAGUGCGUGUAUUAUAACAUUGAACCCGCCACAGAGCCAAGAUCUUUGCCCAACUUGGAAAAUCUCCCUAGUGCUGGGUACAAGAAGCUUCACGGUACACACGGUGAAUUAGAAGGGCUCGGCAGAGGUCGUUCAGUCAUACCAAUUGACCCUCAACUUUACGUCAUACCAAUUGACCCUCAACGAGGCCACGGAACUGAAGCUUUCUUGAGCAAAGAGCUACACCGGCUUUCUGUGUCCUACGUUACCAAUGUGCAUACUCUGCACCCAAUUUUUGACAAUCCUCAGGAGAUGUGCGACGAAUUCAUCAAUGAUCUCCUAAUGGUGAAAGGGAUCAUCCCGAAUCCAAGGAAUGCCUGUGUACUCCUCUUUUUUGCAUUAGGAAGCUUUCAAUCAACUACCAAUAGUAUAGGAAGCUCAAGUCCCUUGCCAGGCUCAGUGUAUUACUCGUACGCGAAAGAUAUCUUCAAGUACAAACUUGGAGAGCGCGACAUCCUGGUUGCGCAGGCCUUAACUCUGGCCGCACUAUGGACAAACCAGAACGGAAUGCUUGAAGAUAGCAUUGCGCACGUUUCCAACGCUCGCGACAUUUACAGAGACGUUGCUAAGAAGCUAACAGCAUUCACCAGUACUUCUUUGACUAAAGAGGCAGGAAGGAGUACCUGGAUCUGUCAGAAUCUAGUAAAUGGUACUAACAACUGCUUCGAUUGGAACCGCACUAUUCCUGCUCCCUGGUUCUGGACGACCGUUGGAGAGUUUCCUGAAAGGGUUUUCUGGACAAAGGUUUCUCUCCAAGACAUAUUUGAUAAUUUCCACGAUUGUGUGCGUUUGCACCUCCCCACAACGAUGGAGAUAAGUGAAAAGACCCUGUGCACUCUUAAGAGUAUCACAGAUAUGCAAAUUGUCACUUUGAAAGAUUGGAGAUCGACUCUAAGCUCACAAAUGGCCUGGAAAGAUAUUGGGCCUCCACCAACUGAUCCUCUCGUAGCUUCGCUACAAGCAGAGCACUGCGAAGGUAUGGUUAAAUUGUUGAGGCCAUAUGUGGGUAUUGCACUACAAGUCCAUGUCCCCUCUACCGAAGCUCAGUUAUCGAAAGGCCAGCAAUGGAUUCUCGAAGUCGUCGCCCUCUGGGUGAUGUUCACUCACUCCAGUAUCGUCUGCUUUGACCGUGUUGGUGCGACUACUAAUAGCACAUACGAGAUGUAUCAAGACACAAGUUGUAGCACAGUAAUGCUGAGUAACCCUGUGAACACUGGCCAUACACUAUUCAAGAAAGCCUUACUUUUGCGUGCUCUUCGUUUCUCUGCGAUUCAUCCAUGGAUCGCUGAGCAAACAAAACUCACAGAUGAGGCUAUGGAUAAACUUUAUCGUUAUACUAUCAAAAGGUUGUCCAAGUUUCUCCCAAGUCAUUCAAUCUUAUCUCGAAAUCUUGAGGCUUUGAAUCGGGUUUGGUCACUAGAAGACUCAAUGCUGUGGAAGGAGCUAGUCAAAGAGUACGAGUUGAUAUGA